CGAUUCUGAGGAUGUUGCAGGAUCAGGCAGUGUUUUGUUCUGUUGUGCAUAAGGUCACAAUGAGUCAGAAGCAACUUGACGGCACCUAACAACAAACAGGACUGUUCAAGUGACUCAGCUACAUUCUGCUUGUCUCUGGUUCUUUUCUUAGCCUUUUUCUACUGACUGACUUAUCCUUUCUUUCCUAUUUUAGAUUCCUGCGAGACUUAUCAGAUUGGCCUGGCUAAUUGCCAUCAUUCUUAGCUGGGCAGAGGUGUCCAUUAUAUGCUAUAGUGUGAAUUGGUGGCCUUUGGAUCAAGUGCUAACCUGUGUUGAAUCAGCUGUGGGGGUGCAGAGUUAGUUAUGAAAUAUAAAGCAGCCUCCUGGAGCAAGGGUAGUCUGGGCCCCAUUUCUUUUAGUAGGGACAGUGUGUGAGGUAGUUCUUUACAGAAAGGGUUGACAGGUACUGUAAUUGACCUGAAGCUUGGGAGAGAGGUCUAGAUCAUGGCUGAUUUGGGAGUUACUCCAAGUGAUAGUUGAAAUUCAGAAUGUAUGAGAGAUUCAGGGUGUAUAAAAGAGUAUGUAGAAUGAGAAGAGCAGAGGGCCCAAGUUAGAAGUCUGAGCAACACCAACAUUGAAAGACUGAAUGGAGACCAAGAAGGAAUAGUUAAGAGGUGUCUGGACAGUGACGAGAGUGUGGUGUCACAGAAGCUGAGCAGGGGAGUAUCAGAAAAUGAGGAAGUGACCUUUAGUGUCAGAUGUAACAGAUUUAGUGAGAUAGGCACAGGAAUUUUCCCACUGGAUUUGGAAAUUAGAUCAUUGUGACCUUAGGAAGAGCAGUUUGAAUUGGGUGAUGGGGGCAAAAACCGGAUUUCAUUGGGUCGAAGAGUAAAUGGAAGAGACCAAGCGGGGAAGAUUUGUAAAUAUAGGUUACUCUUGAGAUAUAUUGAUGAAGAAAGAGAUUAGGCAGCACCUAGGGGAGGAUGAGUUGGAAUCCACCCGACGGCAAUGGUUUAGAAGAGGAUGGAGGUUAAGGCAGGAUUUUUUGUUGUUGUUGUUUUAAUGGCUGAUAGUGGAGUUACAUCUUACCUGGGGGUUCGCUGAAGGGACAUAAGUUAAAUGAGAGUUUGAUGUGAGUCCCAGGAAUGAUGGUCCCGGUAAAUGUAUACAAAAUUUAAUACAUAUUUUUAGUGAGUAAAAUAGAUAGAUAUUAACAGUACCUGUUUUUAUUACCUUAAAGUUAAAAAAAUAAAAGUUCAUUAUAUUUACUACUAACCCAGUGCAUCACUGACAGUGAUUUAUAUAGCACAGAGGCAUGCAGUUUUGUGAAAUUGUAUACAUUUUUUGGGACACUGUAUACUGAGGGGAGAAGGAGAGAGUAAAGAGGGAAAAGAUGAAAAUACAAGUUUGAGAGGCUAGUGGACUAAGGACUUGGUGAGAGGCAGAUGGCUGAAGAGCUCAGGAUGGUUAGGGGUGUAUAGUGCUCCUCUGAUAAUAAUGGAGGAGGUGAGGACUCGUGUGGCUGUGGAUCAGUUUGUAAUAGGAGUGGAGAGCAUUGAAUAUGACCGUAUCUAUUGGCUUCCAUUCUCUUCGUGAGGUAGGCUAGGUAAUUUGCUCACUGAAUUUGAAUAGAGGACUUAAAGUUUAAAGUGAAUGAUGAAAAUGUGGACUAACCAUUGAGGGGAAUGGGGAACCAGCUGACUGAAGAUUUCUGAAAAUUUUGUUGAUGCAUUAGGAGAGCCCAGAUGACAUCGUUAGUUCCUAGCGAUGGCAAGGUUGCUGGACUUCAUUCAGCAGAGCUCCACCAUCCCGUGCAGGAGUAGGAAAGGUCAUGGCAAAACUCCAAAAGAUGCAGCAUCAGUUCGUGCCACGCAUCCGAUACCGGCAGCCUGUGGGAUUUAUUAUUUUGAAGUAAAAAUUGUCAGUAAGGGAAGAGAUGGUUAUAUGGGAAUUGGUCUUUCUGCUCAAGGUGUGAACAUGAACAGACUACCAGGUUGGGAUAAACAUUCAUAUGGUUACCAUGGGGAUGAUGGACAUUCAUUUUGCUCUUCUGGAACGGGACAACCUUAUGGACCAACUUUUACGACUGGUGAUGUCAUUGGCUGUUGUGUAAACCUUAUCAACAAUACCUGCUUCUACACCAAGAAUGGACAUAGUUUAGGUAUUGCUUUCACCGACCUACCGCCAAAUUUGUAUCCCACCGUGGGGCUGCAGACGCCAGGAGAAGUAGUUGACGCCAACUUUGGGCAGCAUCCUUUUGUGUUUGACAUCGAGGACUACAUGCGCGAGUGGAGAACCAAAAUCCAGGCCCAGAUAGACCGGUUUCCUGUCGGAGAUCGAGAAGGGGAAUGGCAGACCAUGAUACAAAAAAUGGUUUCAUCCUACUUAGUCCACCAUGGGUACUGUGCCACAGCAGAGGCCUUUGCCAGAUCUACAGACCAGACUGUCCUAGAAGAAUUAGCUUCCAUUAAGAAUAGACAAAGAAUUCAGAAAUUGGUGUUAGCAGGAAGAAUGGGAGAAGCCAUUGAAACAACACAACAGUUAUACCCAAGUUUACUUGAAAGAAAUCCUAAUCUCCUUUUCACAUUAAAAGUGCGUCAGUUUAUAGAAAUGGUGAAUGGUACAGAUAGCGAAGUACGAUGUUUGGGAGGCCGAAGUCCAAAAUCUCAGGACAGUUACCCUGUUAGUCCUCGACCUUUUAGUAGUCCAAGUGUGAGCCCCAGCCAUGGAAUGAAUAUUCACAAUUUAGCAUCAGGCAAAGGAAGUACUGCACAUUUUUCUGGUUUUGAAAGUUGUAGUAAUGGCGUAAUAUCAAAUAAAGCACACCAAUCAUACUGCCAUAGUAAACACCAGUCGUCCAAUUUGAAUGUCCCAGAACUGAACAGUAUAAAUAUGUCGAGAUCACAGCAAGUUAAUAACUUCACCAGUAAUGAUGUAGACAUGGAAACAGAUCACUACUCCAAUGGAGUUGGAGAAACUUCAUCCAAUGGUUUCCUAAAUGGUAGCUCUAAACAUGACCACGAAAUGGAAGAUUGUGACACCGAAAUGGAAGUUGACCCCGGUCAGCUAAGACGCCAGCUGUGUGGAGGAAGUCAGGCCGCUGUAGAAAGAAUGAUCCACUUCGGCAGAGAGCUGCAGGCCAUGAGUGAGCAGCUCAGGCGAGAGUGUGGCAAGGGCACAGCAAAUAAAAAGAUGUUGAAGGAUGCAUUCAGUUUACUAGCUUACUCAGAUCCUUGGAACAGCCCGGUUGGAAAUCAGCUUGACCCGAUUCAGAGAGAACCCGUGUGCUCAGCUCUUAACAGUGCAAUAUUAGAAACCCACAAUCUGCCAAAGCAACCUCCACUUGCCCUAGCAAUGGGACAGGCCACACAGUGUCUAGGGCUGAUGGCUCGAUCAGGAAUUGGAUCUUGUGCAUUUGCCACAGUGGAAGACUACCUACAUUAGCUAUGCAUUUAAAGAGCUCAAACUUGUAUUGUGGCAUAUAGUCAACAUGGAAGUAGACCAGCUCUGCCGAUUUGAAAUUUAGAUUUUUUAAUUAUGUACUGGGGACAGGUUUUUGUCGCUUUACAUUGCUUCCUAGUUUACAGCAUGAUGCAAAUGAUUUUCUAACUUAGUGUUAGGAGAAAUUCUUUUCCAUCUUUAACCUCUUAGUUGUCUAAGAGUUUAAUAUUACUGAAUUUCAGACGUUCAAAUUGAUCAUCACAAAUCCUUUUAAACAAUUACCUAAAAGAAACCAAAAACUCCUGCCUUCUUUGUGGGGGGGAGAAAGGGUAAGGAAAUGGGCCAAGUUGUGUUUGUGUUAGCAUGUGGGUGACGUAAACUUCAAACUGGGAGCUGUUCCGACCCCCACUCCCAUAGAAGCAUUCAAUCAGUGUAACUUGCAAAACGCAUAAACAUCUGACAGUUUGAAUUUAUAGUGUUGAUGGAAGAAAUCAUUUUUAAUGUGUACUGUAAAACUUGAAAUACUCAGGAGCUGAGUGAAUAUGUUUGUUGCUACUUACAAUCCUGACCUGUUAGUCCCAGUAGUUUUGUUUUAACAUGGUCUUUUUCAACUUUGUUUCCUGUUUAACUACAGACAACUUCUGUUGUAGACUCACGAGUUAACUGUUGUAUUAUAACAGUAUUACAUGUCAACAGUGUGGUUAUGACCUUUAUUUAUAUAAAAACCAAAUAUUUAGUCAAUUUACCGUGUCUUAAUUUAAUCUUUGUACACCUUCCAUUUUUAAGUGCUUAAAUGAGUACUAUAUUGCAAUAAAAAUGUAGUGAUAUAAUCAGCCAUUAAAAAUUUACUUCUACAGAUA